CUCAAAAUUACUAUUUUGAUCGUGAUGCACGACGAAAUUAUCCACGUUUAGCUGUAUAUACACAAAAUGACGUUGCAAAGUUAAUCGCAGCUCCACAUUUGACAAGCAUAACGGCUGGUGACCAAGAAGGUUCUAAAGAAUCAACUCCAACGGCGAUGACUAUUCCAGAAAAGCUUGAUUUAAUUGAGGCAAUUACUUCAUCCCCAGUCUUAUAUUCGACAGAGAAACUACCUCCUGCUCCUCCUGGUCGUCCAUCAUAUCGUUGGAAAAAGUCUGAAGAUGCAGAUGAUCCUGAUCCAG